AUGGAGAUGUCUGAGGACAUUGUUUAUGCCAAUGAAGCAGUUAGAGGAAAACAAAGUGUUUCAGGGGACCAUUUUUAUAAUAGAGGAGACGACAUCUAUGAAGACAUUUAUGAAACUCCAGACACCAUCAAGUUUAAUGACUUCAGAAACAAGACUGAGGAUGUUAAGCCAAGGAGCAGACCAGGAGCUAACCUCUCAGAUGACAGAGUAUAUAACAACUUGACUGAGGACAGGGACCAGUUACAGACUAGUUACAACAAUCUGAUUGAGGAGAGGGACCAGUUACAGACUAGUUACAACAAUCUGAUUGAGGAGAGGGACCAGUUACAGACCCGUUACAACAAUCUGACUGAGGAGAGAGACCAGUUACCGAGGGAGAGAGACCUGCUGGUUUGGAGAGCUGAGAGAAGCGGUUGUCCUGUUGGGUGGAGGAAGUUUGACUGCAGCUGUUACUUCCUCUCCAUCGUGUCUAAAACCUGGGAGGAGAGCAGACAGGACUGUCUGAAUAGAGGAGGAGACCUGGUGAUCAUCCAACGCAGAGAGGAACAGGACUACAUAAAGACGUUGAACCUCUACCAGGUGAUGUCCUGGAUUGGUCUGACUGAUGAAGAGAGUGAGGGUCUCUGGACGUGGGUGGACAACACACAGCUAAAAACAGCAGAGUACUGGCAUCCUGAUGAACCGAAUGGUGGAAGAGAGGAGAACUGUGGAAUGAUUCAGAUGAAUUAUGAUGCCUGGAAUGACACCUCGUGCUCUGCAGCGCUCCCCUGGAUAUGUGAGAAAUAUGCAUAUUGUUAGGUUCUAAAAGAACCUAGUAAAAGUCACGACGAUUAGUUCAACUUUAACCAAGUUUAUUCACCCAUUGGGUCAUACAAUUGCAUAAGACAAAGACAUGGUUCCAUCAAUGGUAGUAUAUAUACACCCCAAUUUGGCUGAAGUCCUCCUCUCUAAACAUAACUUCCUGCCUAGCAAAAAAUAUGUAAAGUGAUGAGGGUAAUAAACUAUUACUUCUCCUUUAACAUGACCUGACCUUCACUAAUCCACAGCUCGCCACCAUUACCAGUCACUGCAGUCAUGUAAUGUCCUCUACUCAGGACCUCCCAAAUAAACCU